CUUAUUUGGGGGUCCGUUAUCUACGUGUAUAUGCCUAAGGAAAGGGUAUAAAAAACGACCCUAACUACUGCCGUUUCACCCAUACCUUCUCGGGGCUCUAAGUUCUUUUGCUGCUAUGUUUGUGUUGAAGUUCACUAUGGGUCUCCUGACCCUGGUGUCCUCUGCCUGGGUUGAGGAACUGACUGAGUUUGAAGAGAAUGUUGUGGAAGAAGACACCUCUGGUGAGCUCUCUGUUGGUGAGCUGCUGACCAGAGCCAACAGGGACCUCAGCCCCGAUGAGCCUACUCUGAUGGGUGACAUUGCCAUGCACUCUGAGAAGAACGCUGACCCCUGCACCGCCACCGGGUGCAUGUGGCAAAAGUACAGUGACGGAAACAUCUGGGUUCCCUACGUCAUUGCCAACCACUUCUCAUCUCGCGAAGUAGCCAUCAUCCAGCGUGGUCUUGACUCCUUCGCCGAAACCACCUGCAUCCGCUUCUUCCAGCGCCAGAAUGAGAGGGACUACCUCAGCAUUGAGUCUCGCAGCGGGUGCUACUCUUAUGUUGGCCGUCAGGGCUGCCUGUACCACAGCACCGUCCAGCAUGAGCUCCUCCACGCCCUGGGCUUUAACCAUGAGCAGACCCGCAGCGACCGUGACAACCACAUCCAUGUCUACUGGGAGAACAUCAUUGAUGGUACGCCUUCUCCAAGAACAACCACCCCACCAUGGAGCCCUUCCCCGACAGCAACGUGUCUUUCGGCGAGGCCACUCAGAUGAGCAAGAACGACAUCGACAGGCUGAACAGGCUGUAUGGCUGCUAAACCUGUGGCCCCACUUCCGAUGAACUCAAGAUCACUCCGCUGAAGGAGUAGAGUGACCUCUAGUGGUAGAACUAUUAGAAUUCAAUUUGCCUCAAAACAUCAAGGCUGUGCAACCUCUAAUAAUCACAAUAAAAAUAUGAUCAACUGAAA